GCCUCCCCAGGCCCCUCCGCUGCCCGCGGCCAUGGCCACCAUGGUGCUCCCGCGGGAGGAGAAGCUGAGCCAGGACGACAUCGUGCUGGGCACCAAGGCCGUCAUCCAGGGGCUGGAGACGCUGCGCGGGGAGCACCGCGCCCUGCUCGCCCCGCUGCUCGCGCCCGACGCGCCCGACGCCGAGCCCGGCACCCAGGAGCGCUCCGUCCUCCUGCGCCGCUCCCUGGAGGCCAUCGAGCUGGGCCUGGGCGAGGCGCAGGUGAUCUUGGCACUGUCGAGCCACCUGGGUGCCGUGGAGUCAGAGAAGCAGAAGCUGCGCGCACAGGUGCGACGCCUGGUGCAGGAGAACCAGUGGCUGCGUGAGGAGCUGGCGGGGACGCAGCAGAAGCUGCAGCGCAGCGAGCAGGCCGUGGCACAGCUGGAGGAGGAGAAGCAGCACCUGCUAUUCAUGAGCCAGAUCCGCAAGCUGGAUGAGGACGCGUCCCCCAACGAGGAGAAAGGAGACGUCCCCAAAGAGUCCCUGGAUGACCUGUUCCCCAACGAAGAAGAACAGAGCCCAGCCCCCAGCCCUGGUGGAGGGGACGUGGCCGCCCAGCACGGGGGCUAUGAGAUCCCAGCGCGUCUGCGCACGCUGCACAACCUGGUCAUCCAGUACGCGUCGCAGGGCCGCUACGAGGUGGCCGUGCCCCUGUGCAAGCAGGCGCUGGAAGACCUGGAAAAGACGUCAGGCCACGACCACCCUGAUGUGGCCACCAUGCUCAACAUCCUGGCGCUCGUGUACCGGGACCAGAACAAGUACAAGGAAGCUGCCCACCUGCUCAACGACGCCUUGGCCAUUCGGGAGAAGACCCUGGGCAAGGACCAUCCAGCCGUGGCCGCCACCCUCAACAACCUGGCGGUGCUGUACGGUAAGCGAGGCAAAUACAAGGAGGCCGAGCCCCUGUGCAAGCGGGCGCUGGAGAUCCGGGAGAAGGUCCUGGGCAAGUUUCACCCGGAUGUGGCCAAGCAGCUGAGCAACCUGGCACUAUUGUGCCAGAACCAGGGCAAAGCUGAGGAGGUGGAACAUUACUACCGGCGGGCACUGGAGAUCUAUGCUAUGCGCCUCGGGCCCGAUGACCCCAACGUGGCCAAGACCAAGAACAACCUGGCCUCCUGCUACCUGAAGCAGGGCAAGUACCAGGACGCCGAGGCCCUGUACAAGGAGAUCCUGACCCGUGCGCACGAGAAGGAGUUCGGCUCCGUGAACAGUGACAACAAGCCCAUCUGGAUGCACGCAGAGGAACGAGAGGAGAGCAAGGAGAAGCGCUGGGACAGCACCACCUUCCGGGACUAUGGAAGCUGGUACAAAGCCUGCAAAGUGGACAGCCCAACGGUCAACACCACACUACGCAGCCUUGGGGCUCUGUACCGGCGCCAGGGCAAGCUGGAGGCCGCACACACACUGGAGGACUGCGCCAGCCGCAGCCGCAAGCAGGGCCUUGACCCCGCCAGCCAAACCAAGGUGGUGGAGCUGCUCAAAGAUGGCGGUGGUGGGCGGGGAGACCGCAGGUACAGCCGGGACACAGGGACUCGGGCUGAGUCUGACACGGACGAGAUGGGGCCCACCGCAGAGUGGAGCGGGGAUGGCAGUGGGGCUCUGCGGCGCAGCGGCUCCUUUGGGAAGCUCCGGGAUGCGCUGAGACGAAGCAGUGAGAUGCUGGUGAAGAAGCUGCAGGGCGGGGGACCCCAGGAGCCCCCGAACCCCAGGAUGAAGCGGGCCAGUUCCCUCAAUUUCCUCAACAAGAGUGUGGAAGAGCCGGUCCAGCCUGGUGCCCCCGGCCUCUCGGACAGCCGCACGCUUAGCUCCAGCUCCAUGGACCUCUCUCGCCGCAGCUCCCUGGUGGGCUAACUGGGCCAGGGCGGCCAGACUCCGGCACUAACCCCACAGCCCUGCGCUUGGGCCUGCUGCUUGUCCGCCUGUCUCCCUAGCCCCUGUCUUUUCUGUUCAAUCUCAGGGUAACCCCAACCCCAAUCCCAAACCCGUCAUCUCAGCCUGAGCCCUGGAGGCAGGGCCUGCCUGUUCUGCACCGACCCCUUAUUUAUUCCUGCCAGCAGGGUUCCCUCUGCCAGCAGUGCUGGGCCAAACGCAUGGGCGAGCGGGUCUCCCAGCAAGAGCUGCAGCCCCCCACUUUAAGACCCCCCCAUCCAAGAACACUAAGCACCCUGCCCCAUCGGCAUCCUGUCCCUGCCCUCUGGCCAUUGCUUGUGUAUAUAGAGAAGUAAGUUAUUGGCCUCGCAGCCCACAGUCCCGUGUGCCGGGCCUCUCCUCCCCACUCUAGUGGUACCGCCCAGGCCUUAAUCACCCCCAUUCUGCGCGGUGGUAUCUCCUAGGCACCACAUCUGGGGCCAUGCCCCUCACCCCACCCCAGGGUUCCCUGAUCCUUCUUGUGCUGCUCCUGGUCCAUGGAAGGAGCCCCCACCCCACGACCCUCACAGCCGGGCCCUGCCCCGUGCCCGGGCCUUAUGCACUGCCCCUCCACCCAGGCACGGCCCGGCCCCGCCCCGGGCACCACCAGUCCAGCCACCCGCCACGCCUCUCCGCACGCCUACCGCUUCUCAUGGGGACAGCGAGGGCCCUCUGGGCCAUGGGGACUGCUCCAAGGGGGCGCCGGGAGGAGGUCGCUCUAAUUUCAACUGUUGCUGUAGAAAUAAAGACGGUUUGAAUCUGGA